UAUUCCAAUUGAGGAGAGCAAGGAGAAAAUGCUAUCUCUGCAUCGGUUCGAUCGAAGGAACAAUCAGGAUAUAUCGGAUUGGGCAAACAAACACCGUGCGUGGAUAGAAAUUUGGAAUCAAAGAGACACGUUAGUGCAAUCAGAGAAUAGACCUCACAAUCAGUCAGCAUAUCAGAAGUAUCAAGUGUGGUAUGCGGAUCGUUACCGGUUAAAGCUGAAGCCAGGUUGGACUCACGAGGAGUGGUCGGAGUUGGUGUCUGAAGACCCGGAGACUGCAGAAGGUUAUCAUACCUUCAACACGGCUGUGAGAGACACCAGAGGGGCUCAUGUUGACUACGCACCGAUGCAUGACGAAAUGGGCAGAGAGUUGCUUCUGUGCGUCAACGAUGCCAAUGUUGCACUGAGUCAUCCAGCUGGUGGUGCAUUAUCUGAGAGGACUCUUAGGAGCACGAUGGAGAAGUUCAAGAAGCGGUUCCAUAAGAUGGCAGCUAUGCUUUCUUGCCAUGGUGCUAAGUCCAGUGACGUGUAUGCACCAGGUAGCCGCGCCGCCAGAGCUAAUAAACGGCGUUAUGUCCAGAACGAAGAGGACAUAGAGGAGGAGGUCAAUGAAGAGGAGCCAGCACAUCAAGAGGAGCCAACACAUCAUGAUGAGCAUGAGUAUGAUGCAACACAUCAAGAGGAUCAUGAGUAUGAUGUUGAUGCUCCACAACCAUCACAGGUUACACAACCGACACAAGGCAAUGCCCGCUCUAGAAAAGGCAAAGCCAUAGCUAAGACACCGGGCAAGAAAGGUAGAAAGAAGACAUGGAACACUCAAUUCCAUAGUCCGGAGUAUCCUCAUCAAUUUAUGCCCACGGGAAUGCAAAGAUAUAAGUCCAACAUUGAUGCAGAGGCGGAGGAGGCUAGCGAAGAGGAGGAGCAUGAGGCUAGCGAAGAGGAGGAGCAUACACUUGCAGAUAUCGUGAAGAGAGGAAGGAAGAAGUGAGCUUGUUCUAGUUUGUUUCAAUGAGCUUGUUCUAGUUUGUUUCGACGAACCUGGUGUAGUCUCUUUCCAUGAACUUGUUGUCGUUUCUUUCCAUGAACUUGUUGCCGUUCGAAUUAAGUUGUACCGGAUUCGUGAAGUUGCUAUGAAUGUU